AUUCCACCACCACCCCUGCUCUGUGCACUCAGGGAGAUGGUGCAGCGCAUCGCCCAGAACGGUUAUCUGGUGGUUACGUGGGCUAACUACCACUACUUUGACUUUGUGCGCACCUGGGUGGACCACGUCAAGGCCGUGGGGGUGACUGGGUACAUUGUGGGCGCCAUGGACGACCACCUGUUGCGGGAGAUGAUUGCCCUCAAGUACAACUGUUUCUCCAUGAAAUCGGGUCUCACGCUGGGCGACUUUGGCUGGGGCUCACCCACGUUUGCCAAGAUGGGCCGCGAGAAGAUCCGGCUCAUUUCGAUCUUCCUAAAGCUGGAUGUUAGCGUCGUGAUUGCGGAUGUGGACGUGUUGUGGCUGCGUAACCCGCUGCCCUACUUUGACCGCUUCCCCGAGGCCGACAUCUUGACCUCUUCGGACAGCACCUUUGCGACCGUGCCCGAUGAGCAGCUGGAACGGUGGCCUGAGGCGGGCGCCGCCGCAAACAUUGGCAUUAUGCUCUUCCGCAAGAAGAGCUUGUCGUUCGUGGAGGACUGGAUCCAGGUCAUUGAGUCAGAUGAGAAGAUCUGGGACCAGAACGCCUUUAACGACUUGUUCCGCAGAGGCUGGAAGAUGCUGGAUCCGCCCAACAAGAACCUCUUCCUCGGUUACGACGGCUCCCUGACCAUGGGCAUCCUGCCCGUAUCGAUUUUCUGUUCGGGCCACACCAUGUUCACGCAGCGGCUGGGCUACACAAUGGGCCUGCAGCCCUACGCGGUGCAUGCCACCUUCCAGUUUAGCGGCACUCCGGGCAAGCGCCACCGCAUGCGGGAGUUUAUGUUUUACAGCGACCCACUGGAAUACUAUGAUCACCCCGUCGGCUUCGUCAGCUUUGAUUUUGACGGUAUUGCGGAGCUGCUGAAGAACGCCGGACCCGCCACCAAUCAGAUGGACCUCGCCAACGUGCAGGGCCACUUCAAGCUGGUCAAUCAUCAGCUGCUGCGCCUGCGCACCGCCUUCGCCAUCAGCAGCGUGGUGCUGCACCGUGCGCUGGUGUUGCCGCCGCUGUGGUGCGGACUGGACAGGUGGUGGGCUCCGCAUGCUGGCCGUAUCCCGGGAUCCAAGUUCGAGCUGCCCUUCCAGUGCCCCUUGGACCACGUGGUCGACCUGGAGAACGGCGUGUUCAAGAACCUGCCGGAGGGCGAUUACGGUCCUCGUACUGAGAUUCGCGAGUACUCCUUCUUCAACAACUCCAAGAUGACCCCGCGGGUUCGGGACGACCGCGUGGUGGUGGAGCUGUGCAACCCAGGGACGCCCGAGUGCAGCGACGGCAGGGAGCCCGCGAAGCUACAGAUCGAUGGUGGCGUGGCUAAGGUCCGAGUGCAGGCGGGUCUUCCCUCGGGACAGCUGGAGGUGGCCUUGUCCUCAGUCAAGACCACCAAGGUGCUGCACUUCACCACCAUGGCAAAUGCCAUGGGUGACUUCUCGGACAGUGCCGUCGCGGCGCGUUUCACCAACCGCAUGAAGCUGUAUGGCAGCAUCUGGUGCUGUGUGCUGGCUCAUCCGGGUCACAUCCACUACGACAUGCUUUUUGAUUUGCCACAUGUUGAUAAGUUUCAGCGCGAAUGGAAUGGAACCUGGGUCACCCUCACUGGGCCGUGAGGCGGACGAUAUGCGCAGGUUUAGCCGGAGUGUAAAGGAUGGUGGUGAUCACAUGAGACGGGGUAAACAUGGUAGGAGAGGGGAGGGACUUCCGCAGGGCAGCUGCCCCAGAUGUACUUGCUUGUGUGUUGACGGUUGCCAGGCAGCAAGGACGCGUGAGCACGUAGACGUCUGCAGCCACUCGGGGGCAUUUUCGGCGACGUAGGUGGGGUCAGGGGGUGUUGCGGGCGUCCUGGCCGUUGUGGAGGCUGAUAGACGUGGAGUUCAGGACGGUGGAAAAGGCCUUGGUUGCAGCUGAGCAGCUUAGAGAUCUUCCCGCUGAUAUGAGUUGUGGGGGCUAUCAUGUGAAAUAUACGUACGAGUGAUAUCUCUUAGGCCGCUGGAAGGCGGGGAACGCCCAACUGGCCGGACUGUGGAGAGCGGUGCUGGCUUAAUGAUGCGUGAGGAC